CUUGUUUUCAUUCCCCUCUUUCCUUGUUUCCAAUUUCUCAAUAGCUAGCCAAUUGGGUGAAAUCUUCAAAUAUCAAGAAAUCUUUGUUGUUAGGCCCUUAACUCUCAACCCCACCUCCCCCAUUCUGUCAAAUAUGGAAUUUAGAGAGUCACAUAGCAAAAACCAAGAUGGUGGCAGCAAUAGCAAUAACAAUAAUGACAACAAUAACAAUGCUAUUUCUACAAAAGUUGUUAAGAAGCCAUCGAAAGACCGUCACACGAAGGUGGAUGGUCGUGGGCGGCGCAUCCGAAUGCCGGCUUUAUGCGCCGCCAGAGUUUUUCAGCUCACGAAAGAAUUGGGUCAUAAGUCUGAUGGCGAAACCAUAGAGUGGCUUUUGCAACAAGCUGAACCGUCAAUUAUAGCUGCAACGGGAACAGGCACAAUUCCGGCUAAUUUCUCAACUCUUAACGUGUCUUUACGCAGCAGCGGGACGACAAUUUCAGCACCGCCGUCAAAAUCCACCCCGCUUUUCAUCCACGGCGGCGCCACCACUAUGCUGGGUUUCCACCACCAGCUUCCGGGAAACAGUUUUGGGCAAGACCCAGAUGAGAAUUUCAUGAAAAAGAGGUACAGAGAAGAUUCAACUGCAGCAACAACCUCACCAUCGUCAUCAUCAGCUAAACCGGAAAGAACCGGAGUCCAAGGUCACGAACCGGAUCAAGAAUCAAAACCCGGUUCAUCAAAUACCUCUACCUACAUACCGGCUCCAGCCAUGUGGGCGGUUGCGCCAGCAGCCGGUAACGUCGGAAACACGUUCUGGAUGCUACCAGGUACCUCAUCAACCAUGCAGAGAAUUGGUGGUUUCGAGUUACCGGGAGGUGGCCGGUUCAGUCCGGUUCAGCUAGGAUCAAUGUUUUUGCAGCAGCCACAGCCGGUUCAGCAGCUGGCGUUGGGUGUGACAGAGACUAAUAUGGGAAUGUUGGCAUCCAUGAAUGCAUAUAAUAGUAGUGGUAGGGGUAGUGGGAUUGAUUUGGAGCAACAUCAUCAUCAUCAAAAUCACCCACAAGGUAGUGACAGUGGUGAUGAAAAUCACAAAGAUUCCCAAUCAUAACUCCAACAUUGGUACCACUAAAGGAUGUGGUGGGCUGUGCUUCUUUAAUUAGAAGUUUCGAAUUUAAAUUCUAUAUAUGAUUUUUUUUUGAUAGGAGAGUGCUUUCCUGAUAGAUGGAAUCUAGCAUAGUCGGGCUUUUUCCAAGGUAGGUAUUAGACCACCAAAUGGAAAAGAAAAAAAACUCCAAGAUGGAUGCCUUUUGGAUUAAUUCUUGAUGUUUUUUUUCUUUUUAAAUGUAGCUAGGAUAGAAUUGUUUGUGGUCAUUGUAAAUGUUUCAUUACUUUCAGUGUUUUCUUCACUCAUUUUUAACAGUUUUAUGGAGAGGAA